CAGCUUCUUUCGACAUAUUCAACUUAAACAAAAGAAAAACAAAAAUGAUACCCUACCUUAGACAAAUAUAGAGAGUUAAACACCAAUAACUUUAAAAAAAAAAAGUUGCAUUAGAAAAAACUAAAAUCUUACGUUUGUAGGCAUGGCCAAUCUUGCGACAAAAAGGACGUGUCUCCAUCAGCCGGCCGCCGGGAACCAGAGCGCAUGCAUCGUACGCAUUCUCCAAAAGAAAUUGAGAAACUACAAAUGAAUGAAAGAUCGAAGAAUCUGUGACUUUGCCGUUAAAAUCGUUGGGAAGAAACCUAACUACGACAACAUAACAGAGCACAGAAAAAAAGGCCUUUGUAUAAAAAUACAAGCCAUUUGAUCUUCGGUACGAACAUAAUGAAAGAGAUAAUCGUAGGGGUGGCAUUUCGGUUAUUUCGGUUAUAACCGAUAACCGAUCGGCCGGUUAUCGGUUAACCGAAAUAACCACUCCCCCUACUGAAAACCGCCCGAAAUAGGCUUCGGUUUCUCGGUUAUCUCGGUUAUCAGUUAACCGACCCAAUUUUAAGACCAAAAACCAUUUCGUCUAGCUUCCGAUAACCGACCGAAGUUCGGUUACUUCAGUUACCGGUUAGUCGAUAACCGACCGAUUAUCGGUUUAACCGGUAACCGAACGUCCACCCCUUAGAUAAUGUACCAUCACCAAACGCGAGAUCCCGAACAUAGUGAAUAGAAAUCUCAAUGUGCUUUGUACGAUUAUAUGAUUUAUGAAUCAGCAGAGGAAACGUCAUCUAUUAUAUAAUACCCAACAAAAUACCGGUCAAACACUUUACCUAAUUAUCACCGCCGGAAGCCAGCCUCCCUGAUCACAUUUUCCCGAACACAAAAAUAAACCAAAAAAUGGUAUCCUCAUAGGUUCCAAUCUUGCAUGAAGAUUCUGGUUUGGCCGGAGAAAUUAUUCGAAAAAACAGAGAGGACAAAACAGAGCAUAGUUUUUGCGUAUAAGAACAGAGGGCAUCCAUAAUCCAUACAUCUUGUUAUCUAAACAUAUAAAUCCCCCCAAGAGCUCGAUCCCUUUUAACCAUGGCAGUUCGAAUUAUCACGACGCUAGCAGCUCUACUACUGUCCCAUUUUCUUAGCGCCGCCGCCGCUCCAUUUUGCGGCCCGGACAAGCCGUGGCUCCACGCGUCGGAGUUCCCCGGUUACGUGGAGAACGCUCUGAAUUACGUGGUGCAGAAUGCGGCUUCCGGUUACGAAUAUCCAGGGGCGGCACAGGGCACCGACGUCGACUGUUCGAACUACAAUCCGGCCCAAAAACCACGGCGCCGCUUGGGCCACCGCCACUUGCUACCGCGGCGUCCCUCCCGACGACUGCACGAAGUGUCUCUCCGACGCGCUGCCGCUUGUCCGGCGAUGCACGAAGCAGACCUUUGGAGGUGCUUACUAUCGAGGUCGGUGCUGGCUGCGCUUCGGGCAGUACAUGCCAUAGCUUUCGCGUAAUCCACGAAUCCAAUUCAAUUGUUGCUCGCCGCGCGGGAGGAAGUUUUUGACGUAAUCGAUCGCGUGUAUUCUAUACAUUGUCAUUAUUUACUUUGUAAAGUUAUAUUUUUUGUUUAGCUAUUAAAAAUAUUACUCUAUUUUUUGAUCCAUUCAUUUACCCAUUGUGUUUACAUUUAUGUUUUUUUAUAUCACUGAUUUUAACUGCUGCUUGAUUUAGGGAUGAUCUCUUAGACAAGCAAUGACAACAAAAAGAGCUUGGUAUACCUUCCUCGACAUUUGCAAUCACAACAAUCUGGACUCCUUUCUCCCAGGAAUAAUGUUGGCAUCUUUGAUGAUGAAUAGUUAACUAAUUGAUCAGAUUGUGACAAUAAUUCUGUUUGAUUCACUAAUAACCAGUUGUUGGGAUCUCUAUAUUUCAACACAUCGUUUUCCAUCCAUGGUGAUCAGUUGUUCCUCGUUUGGCGAUACCUAAGGUCCAAUAUAUGACGUUACAGAGACUAGCCGUCGCUGCGUAGUGAGAAAGAGAAAAAAAUGAGGUCAAAGAAUAAGAAGGAACGAAAGGGACGACGACCAUCGGUAGUGGCGAAGGCAGAAGUUAAAAUUAUGUGUAUCAUUUUUCCAUAAUAUGAAUUAUUUCAUCGAGGAUUUUAUUUUAAUGUAAUAAAUAAAUAAUUUUAUG